CAUCGGCUGCCGACCUCACAUUCAUUGACAUUCCGCUGCAGGUUGUGUGUCUUCUCGAUACCUUACCUUGGUGAUCUGUGUACGACAUGGGCCUUACGAGCGAUCCCGUGUUUCGCCGACUGGAGCAAUGGUUUAAGUCUAAUGCCGGAAACCUCAACAUGAGGAACAUGUUUGAUGCCGAUAAAGAAAGAUUCGGCAAGUUCAGUUUAAUCCUGAAUACGGAUGACGGAGACAUCCUGCUGGAUUAUUCCAAGAACCUCAUCAGUGAGGAAAUCCUAAAGAUGUUGCUUGAUCUGGCAAAGUCCCGGGGUGUGGAGGCUGCCAGGGAGCGAAUGUUCACUGGAGAGAAGAUCAACUUCACCGAGGGCCGUGCUGUGCUCCACAUUGCUUUGAGAAACCGUUCCAACGCGCCCAUUUGUGUUGGUGGGGAAGAUGUCAUGCCCGAUGUCAACAGGGUCCUGGAGAAGAUGAAAGGUUUUUGCCAUAAAGUGCGUAGUGGUGAGUGGAAGGGCUACACGGGAAAAGCAAUCACGGAUGUGGUCAAUAUCGGUAUUGGAGGUUCCGAUUUGGGCCCCCUGAUGGUCACCGAGGCCCUGAAGCCCUACUCCACUGGUGGCCCUCGUGCCUGGUUUGUCUCAAACAUUGAUGGAACCCACAUUGCCAAGACCCUGGCAGGCCUCAACCCGGAAACCACUCUCUUUAUCGUGGCAUCCAAGACAUUCACCACCCAGGAGACCAUUACCAAUGCGGAGUCCGCUAAGGAAUGGCUUCUUCAGGCCGCUAAGGAUCCAUCUGUAGUUGCGAAGCACUUUGUGGCUCUCUCCACCAAUGCGCCCAAGGUGAAGGACUUCGGGAUUGACACUGAGAACAUGUUCGAGUUCUGGGAUUGGGUCGGUGGGCGUUACUCCCUGUGGUCUGCAAUUGGCCUGUCCAUCGCUCUGCAUAUUGGGUUUGAGAACUUUGAACAGCUGCUGUGUGGAGCUCACUGGAUGGACAACCAUUUCCGCAGCACCCCUCUGGAGAGUAACGCCCCUGUUCUGCUGGCCCUGCUGGGGAUCUGGUACAUUAACUUCUUCCAGGCAGAGACGCAUGCCUUGCUACCCUAUGACCAGUACAUGCAUCGCUUUGCCGCCUACUUCCAGCAGGGUGACAUGGAGUCCAAUGGCAAGUACAUCACCAACCAAGGCACGCGUGUGAAUUACCACACCGGGCCCAUUGUGUGGGGAGAGCCAGGGACCAAUGGCCAGCAUGCCUUCUAUCAGCUCAUCCACCAAGGAACACGUAUGAUCCCUGCUGACUUCCUCAUGCCAGCUCAGACGCAGCACCCCAUCAGGAAUGAUCUGCACCACAAGAUCCUCAUCGCCAACUUCCUGGCCCAGACGGAGGCCCUGAUGAAGGGGAAGACAGCAGAGGAGGCAAGGAAGGAGCUGGAGGCGAGCGGAUUGAGUGGGGAGGCCCUGGAAAAGCUUCUGCCACACAAAGUGUUUCAGGGAAACAAGCCCACCAACUCUAUCGUCUUCAAAAAGUUGACACCCUUUGUUCUGGGUAGCCUUGUAGCUAUGUAUGAGCACAAGAUCUUUGUGCAGGGUGUCAUCUGGGAGAUCAACAGUUACGACCAGUGGGGAGUGGAGCUGGGCAAGCAGCUGGCAAAGCGAAUUGAGCCAGAACUGCAGGACACAGCAGAGGUGCACUCGCAUGACUCCUCCACCAACGGGCUCAUCAACUUCUUCAAGAAGAACUAUGCCUGAGGGGGGGGCCAUGUUACAGCCCCACGAGAAUCAGCGAUUGGACACCGUAGGCACCACCUGCUAACCUAAAGAGAGAUCACUUUGUCUGUACCCAUCUCUGAUGAGUGUCUAUAUAUACUGUAAGUCUUGACUGUAACUUGAGGGGAAAGCCAUGAACCACGUGUGCGCCAGCAGUUGAUUUAGACCCUGUCCCCACUCCACCUUGACCCACCACAUUAAAUGUUUACAUGUGAAA